UGAAUCUUCAUCAAUGUCAAGCAUUUCAAGUUCAUCAUCCAUCAUAGGAAAUGACUCAGGAGAAAUGAAGACGAAUGAGUAUGACAAUGUAACAGCAGGAAACACGGACGCAUUCACGAUAAAGAGAAACGACAGCACACUCUACAUAUCUUGUCCGGACACGACAUGGGAUAACGCUGAAGACCUGUGCGCCGACCGGGAGGGGCGACUCAUCGUGCCUUCGAGCGAAAGUCUUCUCGAAACCAUUGUCGACUCCGUGUCCGAUGCCUGUCUGGAGAAGCACGCUGACGGGGGUGAGGUAGAACUGUGGCUAGGAUGCCGACUCUUGAAGGUUGACGAGGAAAAUGGCAAGGAUCUUAAGUUGGUCGACCAAUGGGCAUGUAGGAACGAUAGCAGUGACGAUUCGGGCUUUUCCAGCAUGGUGACUUUAUACAAUUGGACAGCCAACUACAAAGUAUCUGGUAUUUCUAGAGACGACAAGGUCUGUCUUCAGGUGAAGACAAAGCGUGGUAGACAUGCAGACGAUCAGAACAAGUACGAGUUCAAAAGAGAGUAUUGUGAUAAUCGCAAGGCUAAGGCAGUCUGCAUUCUAGACUAGAAAUACGGCAUACCCGCCGGUGACGACAAGUUGGAAGAAUAUAAAGGUGUUAUGGUCAGUCGUUAAGAUGUAACCGUUAAGCAGAAUUUUGCAUUUAGAUUCUUCAAAGUUUGAUUAGUACGUCACAGUUUGUUAAAUUUUAAAAAUCAUUAUAUAAAUGUUUUCAAAACUAUUUUGAAAGGGUAGAUGGACAAAUAAAUUAUUUAGAUUUGUUUCCUUCAGAUAUCCCCAUUAUGUGGGGUUUCGUUUUAGCUAUCUUGGCUUUAGACUAGUCAUGCAACCAGUAAUGUAACGAGCAUUAAGCAUGUUCAGUGAAAAUGGAGGGAAGAUGAAAUUAAAGAGAAAACCAUAAAAGGGAGAGGGAAAGGAAGAUGAAAAGAAGGUGAUGCCCCACCGAAACGCACACCCCCUGAUCGAAUCGAUGACAUUGUUAAUUUGUCUUUCAUACAAAUUUCCUAAAAAAGAAGAAAAAAAGAAAAACGUAUCUACUCAGGUAAGAAACAUGACAGGUUUCUCUGAUUAAGAAGGACCUUGUUAAACCUGAGUGAUUCGAAAUGAUGGUCGAAAUCUACAGUAUAAUUCCCUAACCCUUUACAAUAAAACCCCAAAAAUUGCAUGGUCAAACCAGACAAUAAAGAAGGAUAAUGUUUUUUGUAUUGUCAUAGCAACAGUCGAAACCCUGGCUCAUUGAUAAUAUCAAGAUUCCAUGCAACGACAGAAUGUCCACAAAACUUAGAAAUACAAGGGACUAAUUUAGAAACUUGCUUAAUCAUCGUUCUUCUUGUUGUGUUUGUAGACAUGACGUUUGAACUUUGUUCAUUUUGGUUACCAUAAACUUAUAGUAGCCAUGGUUGCAAAAACAGUUUGAAUACAUACUACAUGUAUAUCGCUUUCAAAACAAAGUGACUAAUGUAAAUAUUUCAAAUAGAAUUAAAAAUGGCAGAUUUCGUAAUUAACAAUUGUUAUUCUUAUUGUGGUUGUAGACACGUUUAAGCUUUGUGCAUUUUGUAAAUGUCGACUCCUUUCUUAGGAUUGCCAUAUUAUCACGUAAUGCAUGUAUAUUUAUGACUUUUUUAAUGUCAUGACUCUCGUAUGAUGUUAUGUACAGUUAUGUGACGUUUAUGACGAAGUGUUUAUCAGUUAUCUUGUAACAUCAUUGUAUUUUGUUUUUGUGCUGCCAGUGGAGGCCAAUUUCCUAUGUUUUGAAUAUGGAUCAAUACAAGAAUCUAAAUAUCUAUCUAUAAUCAUUAAAUAACUUGUUCUGCAUCCCCCGUUGUCCGACUUUUUCACAUUACUGAUUCGUUUUUCUCCAUUGCUCAUAGAAUGAUAAUUAUCUAAUUUAGAUUAUUAGUAAAAUAUGCGUAUGUAUUAAAAGUAUGCCAAUAAAAAUUCAAAUCAUCCCGCAACAUAUGUAUGCUUAUAAUUUGUAAA